UCCAAUCCUUGCCACUAGCCAGACGCCAGUAGUAGUCGCCACGCAUUAUGCAAAUAGAAGCCUGUGAAGUGUGAACAGAAGAAGUACACAACCCAUAAACCUUACUCUCAGACUUCAUAAAAACCUUCACCUACCCCUGUUGCACAUAUUCUGUUAUAUUAGAAAACAUUUAAAGGGCUCUGAAGAUGAAAGAAAAUUGUAGAACAGGAGAGUAUCAAGUCAGGGUUUAGCUUUGCCUUUGGCCAAUGAAUCACUAAUUGCAGGAACAGUCCUGCAUAAAGUAACUAGCACACUCCAUGGAGGGAAGAAAAUUGAGAAGGUCUCUGGUUCUCUCAAUAUCUAUAUCAUUCUUUCUACUCCUCACCUGGCUUCACCUUCCAUCAUCCCCUGAGAAUUUCAUCAAGAAACCGGGCCCCACACACCAUGAAUCGGAUGUUCCUCACCACCCUUUAGACCCUUUAACCGUUCACGAAUUCAACAAGGUCCGUGCCAUUCUCGCCACGCACCCUCUCUUCGAGUCCUCAUCCACGUACUCACUCAACGCCAUUGCCCUUGAAGAGCCGGAUAAAGAGCUCGUUCUCAAAUGGAAGCGCGGAGAUCCCCUUCUGCCAAGGAAGGCCUCCGUCACUGCUAUGGUCAAGGGAAAAUCUCAUAUCCUCUUAGUAGACCUCAAUACUUCCGAGGUAUCCUAUAAUGAAUUGGGUUCGACUUCGGGGUACCCAAUAUUAACGAUAGAGGAGACGGCGAGAAUACUCGAGGUUCCAUUCAAGAACGUGGAGUUCAAUAGCACCAUCGCUCAGCGUGGGAUCAACAUGGGAGAUGUUAAAUGCGUGCCACUCUCUUCAGGGUGGUACAAUAUGCCAAUAGAGAACAAAAGAAGGGUGAUUAAGGUGCAGUGUUUUUCCAUGAAGGACAGCGUGAACUUCUACAUGAAACCAAUUGAGGGGCUCACUGUGCUGAUUGACAUAGAUAGGGAAGAGGUGUUGCACAUUUUUGAUAAUGGCAGAGGCAUCCCUGUUGCUAAGGGAAUUGACACUGACUACCGUUACUCUGUUCAAAAACUGCGUGGUGAACUGCAUCUCUUCAAUCCAAUAUCAAUGGAGCAGCCCAAAGGGCCAAGCUUCAUAGUUGAAGAUGGGCAUUUGGUCAAAUGGGCAAAUUGGGAAUUUCACUUGAAGGCAGAUGCCAGAGCUGGGAUCAUAAUUUCACAGGCCAAGGUUAGGGAUCCAGACACGUCAGAGAUGAGGAGCGUGAUGUACAAAGGAUUCACAUCUGAAUUGUUCGUACCGUAUAUGGAUCCAACGGACGCGUGGUAUUUCAAGACGUACAUGGACGCGGGUGAAUACGGGUUUGGGCUGCAAGCGAUGCCUCUGGACCCACUCAACGACUGCCCAAGAAACGCUUACUACAUGGAUGCAGUCUUUGCAGCCGCUGAUGCCACGCCCUACCUCCGACCCAACAUCAUCUGCGUCUUUGAGACCUAUGCUGGCGACAUUGCUUGGCGCCAUGCUGAGACCCCUUUCAAUAACUUCAAGGUUACAGAGGUGAGGCCAAAAGUGAAUCUAGUGGUUCGGAUGGCAGCCUCCGUGGGAAACUACGACUACAUCGUUGACUGGGAAUUCCAAACUGAUGGGCUAAUCAGAUCAAAGGUUGGACUAAGUGGUAUGUUGAUGGUGAAAGGAACAAUCUAUGAUCACAUGAACCAAGUUCCAAGCGAAGAAUAUCUCUAUGGCCCCCUUUUGAGCGAGAACUUAAUCGGUGUAAUUCAUGACCAUUACAUCAUCUAUUACCUUGAUUUGGACAUAGAUGGCACUGACAAUUCAUUUACCAAAGUAAAUAUUAAGAAACAUGAGACCUCACCAGGAGAAUCACCUAGAAAGAGCUACCUAAAAGCAAUUAGAAAUGUGGCAAAGACAGAGAAGGAUGCACAAAUAAGGCUCAGCCUCUAUGACCCAUCUGAAUUUCACAUGACAAACCCAUCAAAAAAGACAAAGAUAGGGAACCCAGUUGGGUACAAGGUGGUUCCAAGUGGCACAGCUGCUAGCCUUUUGGAUCCUGAAGACCCACCACAGAAGAGGGCAGCAUUUACAAAUAACCAAAUAUGGGUCACUCCUUAUAACAAGAGUGAACAAUGGGCUGGUGGCUUAUUUACUUACCAGAGCAAAGGUGAUGACACACUUCAAGUAUGGUCCAACAGGGAUCGGGCAAUUGAGAAGAAGGACAUUGUGGUGUGGUACACACUUGGGUUCCAUCACAUACCUUGUCAAGAGGACUAUCCCAUCAUGCCUACGGUGUCAUCCAGCUUCGAUCUAAAGCCUGUCAAUUUCUUUGAGAGGAAUCCAAUCUUAAGGCUUCCUCCCAAUUUCAAACAUGAUUUACCUCUUUGUACCUCUCAUGUUUUAGCUUGAACCUCAACCAUUUUUUAGCUUACACUAGUGUAGUGCUCGUGCAUGCGAAUGCUAAACCAAUCCACCAGUUAAUAUAAUAUAAGUCACAUUUACAUA